AUGGAAGAGGUUAGACAGGCUUUAGAAAGCCCUGCCCCACCCAGCUCCAGGUCUGCGUCUCCGUCUUCUCCAAGAAUGAGGUCAUCUCCUCGCUACUCAGCCAAGAAAAAAACUGGCCUGGAUCCAAGGACAAGGUCUUCCAGCAGUAGAAGCCCUAGAGGGCAUGACAGCCAGGAAUCACAUGAAUAUCCCCAGCGACGUCCUGGCAGUAGAAACAGCAGUGAAAAUGCAGAAAGAAUCACAGGAAGACAUUAUCAUCAGCAGCAGCCCCGCCAUCGGCCACGUCAGGGAGGUCAUCAGCUCAAGGGGAGGAAGCCAACAUCAGGAUCUUCACGCAGGAUUUCUGGUCCCAAGCAGCCAUUCAAUGACCUGAGUUAUAAAGCUGCAGUGGACAGGCUUAGAGACAUGCUGCAGCAGUAUGAUUCCACUCACAGCCCUCUCACACGACCAAAAACUGUUCACUUUGAGCCCAGUCAGAUUUCACACCAGUUCAUUCCUAGUCCAGUGUACAAAAAGUCAGAUCUGCCAAGAGUGGAGGAAGUGGUACCAAUAGUCCAACACCAGUCUAAUUAUAUCAAACAACUGGAAGCUGAAAGUCAAUUUUGUAAAGGUGAAAUAACUGCACUGAAAAAGCGUGUCGCAGAGGUGGUGGAGGAAAAUAAGAUGCUACAGGAGGAGCUGAAGUCUGUCAUGUCCCAGAACAUCCUAGCAGACAGUGACCAGGAGAUUAAGGGAAGCAAGAGCAGACAAGACAAUGAAGACAGAAUGUCACGGCUGGAUUACAAGAGAUGGAAAAAAGAACUGGAACGAAUAAGUGACCUCCAUUCUGCCAAAAGUAGGCGUCUGGAAGCCCAGCUAGCAAAUGCUAGAGAAGAAGCAGAGCAGAACGAGAAGGUGGUGGAGGAGCUUCAGGGAAAACUAAGAUUACUAGAAUCCCUCAACAAGUUAGGAAGGGCUGAUACAGGCCAGGAACCAGGGUUGUGCAUCCAGUGUGCCCAAAAUGAGGCUAUGGUGUCUUCUGUGAUUGGAGGAAGGAAUACUCAAGUGAUCGAAAACCUAACAAAAGAAAGAGAUGGGUUGAUAGAGACAGUCGCUAGUUUCAAGUCAAAACUGGAGGAUCAGAAGCAGCGGGAAGAGGAGGCAUAUGCUCAGUUGAAGAAGAGUGCAGAGUUGGUUGAACAGGCUCAGUUUGAUAAAAUGCAGCUGAAGGAACUGACUGAUCUCCAUGGUACUGUUCAACACCAGUUAGACCGCGUGACACGGGAGAAAGUGACCAUACAAGCUGAGUUAGAGAGAACAAGGACACAAGUGACGGAAUUUGAUACUGACUAUACAAAGGCUACAGAGGAACUGAAGUCUCAGCUGGUCCAGGCCAACAUAGAGAGGAACGCUGCCGUGAAGGAAAUGAACAGAAUACGCACUGAAGUUGACAAGACAAACAGAGACAAUGAAAUGGAAAAGUCAAGAUUGAAGGAAAACCUGGAGGAUGUCAGGAGGCGGCUGAUGCAGGCAGAAAGAGAAUUAAUGAGUGCUAAGGAAGAGUGCAUCACACUGGCUACAGACAUGCAGGCCAUAGAAAAAGAUGCUCAGCUGUGUAAGAUGGCCAAAGAGAGCAUGGAGAAAGGCAGGAGAGAGGAGCUGUACACAGUCACUAAGAGAGCACAGCAGAGGGAGGUGGAGCUGAACUCACUGAUUGAAGAAAUAGAGGCUAGGCAUGCUCUGGCCAGUGCUGAGACAGAUGACAUGCUGCAACAGCAGAAUGGUUUGAUUGGCAAACUCAGGGAGGAAUGUCGGACAUUGGCUACCCAACUGGAGCAGACUGCGCAGAAAUACAGAGGUGAAGUGAGACAGGUUAAAAACCUGAAUGAAGAGCUAUCCGUAAGAUUAGAGAAAACGCUGAACAGAUUGAAAGAGAUGGAGGCACAGCACGUGCAGCAUGGCCGAAUGCAUGACAAAAUGCGACAACGGCUUGCACAGAUGGACGAACACGCCCAGUAUCAGGGACAGCAGGUAAAACUGAUAUCUGGAUUUUUUUUCUGUGAUUUUUUUCCACCCUAUACACAAUUCAGUCAGAUACUUGUUUUUUUUUUGUUUUUUUUUUAUAACUUCCAAAUUUCAGAGACUCUAGCUAUAACAAAAUAAUUAAAAUUACAAAAA